GCUGCUCCCGCUGAUGUUGGCUCAGACGUAGACAUGGAGGAAGAUGAUGCCGACGCUGGAGUGACCGAAGACCUGCCCGUGGUGAAACCCCAGUGCAAUAAAUGCGGCAAGAAUAACCCCGAACGCUGGCUUCCCCGCUUUCCGCACAACAUGUUGUUCGUGGUAGGCGGCUGGAGGAUGGGGCAGCCGUUGUCUGACAUCGUAGCCUUCGACCCACGCGCCAACCGGUGGGUUUACCACAAGGAAGAGUCCAUCUUCGAGCCAAGAGCCUACCACGCAGUGGCCAUAUACAAGAGGCGUAUUUUUGUGGUGGGCGGCAUGCAAGAGCGGAACUACUUGAGCUCCACCAUCAGCUACGACAUGGACAAGUGCGAGUGGAAGAGCGAGUCCUCCAUGAACGUCCCACGCGCCUACGUUGCAGCCGUGGCACUGGGGGAGUACAUCUAUGCAAUCGGCGGACAUACUGGUGUGGAGCGAACGCCUAGCGUAGAGCGCUACUGUCCGCGGACCAGCCAGUGGACCACGGUGUCUCGCAUGAACAGGCGGCGUAGCGAUGCCGCCGCCUGCGUCAUCAAAGGUCGCCUUCUCGUGAGUGGUGGCUUCAACGGCCGCCGCUACCUUGAGAGCAUCGAGGUGUACACGCCGCAGACGGACAACUGGUCACUCGUUCACUCACUGCCAUUCCCUCGCUGUAGCCACCGAAUGAUCGUGCUGGGGGCGUAUGUCUACGUCAUAGGUGGUUUCGACGGCCGCCGACGUCUCACAUCAGUGGUCCGCAGCCUGACCCUGCUUCCACUGAAGUGGCACAGCGUCGCUCACCUGAAGAAACCUCGGAGCACCUUCGCCCUUGCACAGCUCGACGAUGAGCUGUACGUCAUCGGUGGCCACGAUGGCAAGACUAUUGUAUCCAACGUCGAGCGGUAUUCACCGCGCGACGGCAGCUGGAGCUCAGCCCCGUCACUGAGUGAGCCCGUGAGCGCCAUGGCUGCUUGCCUCGUGUCGGGUGGGGCUAUCUGCAAGAAGCUUUCUGUGAGGGGAACUCUCGAGCUUUCAUGACACAAGCAACGCAGAGUGGACAUGCGCUUCAUCACCCAUCUGUCUGUUGCGUGCGGUGAAACUUUUGAAGCUUAUGUAAUUUAACAUUUGAAAAAUUCUUUGCGUCCUCGCGAACAAAGACAACAGAGACCUCGCGAAGAAAGGGCUUGGCUGAAAUUGUGCCGACGUAGCUGUAAAUAGAAGGCGUCGACCAAUUCCAAUAUGUGUUGUUUUUUUCACAGAAAGCCAUCUGUGUGGUGAAAACGUACAAAUAUCAGGCGUGCUGUUAUCGCAUACGCUGCUGAAGAAAGGACGACUGUGACAUGUACGUCCGCAAGUAACAGCAAGUAUGUCAAGUGCUUUCGGCAUGGGAGUGGCGAAGUGUUUCCGAACCAUCCGCCGCAUUAAGAAAAUACGACAGAGUUCGCUUGCCACAGGAAAUGACGAAGGUUGGUGGAGGACGCUGGUAUUUCGGCCUGCCGAUUCUGCAUAGGGUUGGAACAUGUUAUUCUUGCUUUCCUCUAAAUUCCUAAAAUCAGUGACUUCGAUAACGGCAUGAAGGCGAAUUGAAGGCGCGAUCGCCAAGAGGCAAUUCAAUGCAUAUGUGGAGCCUUGCAUAAUCGCAUAUCUUUAUUUGGAAACUUUACUAACUGUGACGAUGAUGAUGAUGAUGAUGAUGAUGUGUGGUGUUUUAUGGCGCAAGGGCCAGGUUUGGCCAAAGAGCGCCAACUGUGUCGAGCCGAGUUUCGCCGUCGCCAACAAUUUGACUUUCAUUUCGCCGCACCUGCGCCGUCGCCUUGGCAACGCAUCACGUGACUCGCCGCGCCGAGCUCCGCCGCCAUUACCGGCUUGGCUCAUGCGCUAUCUUUACCUGGGUCGCCGCUUGACCACGUGACGCCGCGCGCCUGGCUGAAAGGAGCACCGCGCUCGCCUAGUCAGUGCGAGCUGUGCCAUGAAUGAGAGCGAGGCCGGUAUUCUCUGAGCGUUGCGCGGAAGCGGGAGGCUUUGAGCCGUCGUCGUCACGCGGCGUGUGGCCACCCCGCGGAUGUCGCCUGGCGAGCUGCUUCACUGGAGAGGGUCCCGAAUGCAACAGGCGUCGAACCGUCAAGGUCAAUGUAUCGAUCACGUUCGCGCCCUGUCCGUUUGUGCUUUGACGCUGCGCCUGUUCAUGGUGUCUCUUUGCAUGCCUAGCACUUGCGCUUUCCCUGUGACCCAACAGGCGUCGCACCGUCGAACGAUGCGUGUCUACCCAAGCCUAAUCAGUCGUCUCUAGCCAACAGCCUAGGCACAGCCUUCAAACCUGUCUUAACGAUGAUUGUAUACCUAAGUAUAAUAAUUACAGCUAAGUCAAAGGUUAACCAAGUAAAAUGAGAACUUAACCAGGAUAAAGCAAGCUUUCGCUUUUCAUAUCCAGGGUUAGCUGAGCUAAGCCGCAACCAAUUUUUUCUUUAGAGAUAAGUAACACUAUAUGUAUCGUACUUGAUACUGACUGUGUCGGUCGUCUUUUUAUUCGCUAUUCAAAAUAAGUUGCAUACAAUGGCCCUACGCCGUCUGAUAUGAUAGGAAUUGUUAGCAGGGACUCUGAAACCGGCAGGAGGGGAGGGGUUCAUGGGGGCUCGUGCCGCUCCGUAGUUUUUUCUUUUACGGGGCUCAGCUCCCCACCUUCGUCUGUCUUUCAUCUCUGCUCCUCCUUGACUGUUUGUUGCCGGCAUGUCGAAUAAACAAAAUGUUGGUCACCAUAUCAUC